GUAAACUUCCGACUUCAACUGUACCUCAUGUCGAAUGCACUGCCUCCCAUAUAUUUCAUUUAUAGGAUAUUUUAUGUAUUUAUUUUCAUGCAAGUCAUCAGGUCAUUAUAGAACACAUUUCAGUUGGCUGCUUAGGAAAGAGGAAGUGGAAGUAGAGGUGGUUUGUUUCAAAACUGCACUACGCAAGUGACACACAAGCACGCACGUAUGCCCACCCACGCACCCACGCACGCAGUUGAAAAAUGCAUUGCUUUGGUCAAUAUUCAAUUUGAAUAUUGAUUUAUAUGGAUAUACAAUGUUAAUAUUAUCUAUUUAUUUUAGAUAAUGUAUAUCAUAAUGUAUAGCAUGAAACAAUAUAUUCAUGAGGACUAUAUCGGAAGUAUUAUUUUAUAUGCUGCAGGUCAACCUGUGCAUGAGAAUAUGAUUUCUCAUACCCAUCUGACCAUUUUACAUAUAUCCUGAGUUGUUCAUCACAGUGACAUUAACUGUAAGCAACACUGUGACUGCUGGUUUUGUCUGCUUAGUUGUCAUCUGAUAAAGAUCUGCCAUUUUGAAAAUGGAAGUAAACUAACAGCAUGAUGUCUAGUCAUCUAGUCAAGACAAAUGUUUCUUUGUAUCUAUUGUGAUCAGGCCACAAUCUAUCUGUCUAUCUAACACACUGUAUAUGAUUGGUUCUCUGUGACAGGAAAAUAAAUGUCAGAGGCCACUACUGAUGUCAUACAGUAAGGUGAAGUGUACUAAAGGAGAAGUGAGCCUAAAAGGUGGACAGUGGGAUUUUCACUGAUGAAUCCGGUAAAAUCCUCUACUUGCAUGGUUUGACCUAUUUCAAUUGUUCUCUUCCUCUGCCAAAAACUCCAGAUAAAAUGAUUAGGGUUAUACUUUUGAAAAGACAAGAGUUUAUAUUGGUAAAAAACAGCAGCAGUUCCACUAUCAUGACACAUGAAAGCAGAAGACCUUCUAAUGAAAGUAUCACUUCCACCUGACAAAUGUGUUUAAAAAUUCAACAAAGGACCUUGUUCUUUACUUGAACCAACCCACAGAGUAAAGGUAAGAAUUUGCUUAUAUGUUGUUUAAUUUUCCAUGUUACAUUUGCAUCCCCAGGCCUUAAUAUCGGCAGGCAAUGACCUGUGCAGGUUUCUGAAUGCACAGACAGGCAGCUGCAUUGCAGUGGUGUGAACAAGCUAGCGUCAUCCUCUACUUCCUCUAUUUCUGCGGUUAGAGGCCAACGAAAUGGGUGACGCUACACACACUAUCCUCACAGCAGCAAUCGCUUGUAUAAAGGAGGGUGUUGGGGGGACCGUCAAAACAGACGCAAUUUGACAGCUAGCAGAGAACUCCAACACUGAGUAAUACAUACACAGAACCCAAUGAUCGUGUUCCCCCAAACAUGCUUAUCUUAGUCACAUCACCAUCAAGGGAACUGCAUCCACUCAACAUUGACAUGGAGGACAACAGAAGAAAGCAGACAAAAGGAAGCGACUUGAGGUCCCGACUACAACGCAGACCUUCCCAUGCCCCCAACGCUGAACGACUUAGUCCUGAGGAAAUUAUCCUGUGGUCCCAGUCUUUGGAGAGACUUCUCGCAUCAAAAUAUGGCAUGGCAACAUUUCAGGCCUUUCUGAAAUCGGAGUUCAGCGAUGAGAACAUUGAAUUCUGGCUGAUCUGUGAAGACUACAAGAAGAUCAAGUCCUCCUUCAGGCUGUCCUCCAGGGCCAAGAAGAUCUACAAGACAUACAUUGAAGCUGAGGCUCCAAAAGAGAUCAACAUUGACCACAAGACCAGAGAUCUCAUCGCGCAGAAUGUGAAGACACCCUCCACAGUUUGCUUUGACGAGGCCCAGAGGAUUGUGUACAGCCUGAUGGAGAAAGAUUCCUACCCCAGGUUCCUCAGAUCCAACAUCUACAGGACCCUACUGGACUCCGCAUCAGACUAUGUGAAGAUGUGAUUGAAUACAGAUGAUAGAAAUGGACUGCAAUGUUUAACAGCCAGGGAGCGUCUACAAACAGGAUUCAUAAGAAGAUGCUUCCGAAUGUGAAUUAUACUGGGUACAGAGGUAAGAGGCCUAAGGGAAUGCUGGGAGGAACAUACAGAAGCGACUGUGCUGGCAAGCCUUUUUGACAUUUGUGCCUAGUCUAUGUACUUUCACUUUAAAGAGGAACAUACGGCACAUAGAAGGGGACUAAAGAGACCAUAGAAAUAUAAUGUUGAUUAUAUUUCUACGAGAGACAUUGUGCUGGUGGUGUCGGGGGAUUACCUUGCAUAGUAUGUGAUUGUUAGGGACUUUCUGUGUCAAAGUUCCAGGGAUGUUUACAAUGAUGUAUUAUGUAGGAACUAAACAGUCAGGGCUGUAACUGUAUGAGAAGGUAUCUGCAGUUGCACAUUAUCUGCAGGUCACCAGUAGAGUUAUUUUCUAAGGCAUUUGAUAAGAUAAUCUACUAAAUUUGACUUUUUAAAACCAAGACAAUUUUAGAAUGGGUUAUUUUUGUUACUCUAACACCAUGAGGCAUGUUUGUGAUAUAAGCUUUCAAAAAUAAGAUGUUGGAGAAUGCUGUUGUUACACUGGAAAUGUGUAAAUAUGAAGAUUUCUAUAGGUGUAUUUAUAAAAUGGCACAUGGUUUCCAAAUUAGAACUGCUAAAUCAUACAUUUAAUAAAAACACAUAAAUUCACAAAAAUGUAAAUGCUUUAAUCCUUCAAAGCUCUUUUAAAAUAUACUAAUAUUUUACUGCCUUUGUUAAGACGCUUCCCAAACUUUACUGAAAGGGUAAUGUCACGAGGUGGAAAUAUGACAGGUUAUUUUGGAUCUGGGUUGAGCAGGAAGAGUGAAGUAGAAGCAGACAACAAGGGACUAGUUUCACCAUUUAAUAAAUAAUAGGUCAGGGUUUACAAGUUUACCUUUUCAGCAGUGGACUUUCUCAUGGCCCAGGAACCUUUACAAACCAUGCAAUUUAAAAUGACACUAACAAUCAAAGUAACCAAAAGGCACAGGAGGUGGUGCAGUCCAGGAGGCAGGCGUCCAUCUUGUUUCCUUCAAACUCACAAUAAUCAAUUUCCCCUCCAUGAAACCACCAUCCCACUGGGCACAAACUGGUUGAAUCAAAGUUGUUUCAACGUAAUUUGUCAACUUAUUGUGAUGUGGAAUCUACAUGGAAAAUACAUUUG